GGGGCGGUCUUGGGCUGUCAGCUUCUGAAGAGGAGGAAGCUACGGGCGGCGCGCUGUGUGAGGGGCGGGACCCGGAGGCCUGCGGAGGGUCGGGCGGCCGAGGCCGGGCCAUGCGGGCGUCCCGGGGCGCGGGUCCGCUGGGGCGGGUGGCGGCGGCCGCCGCUGUGCUGCUGCUGCUGAGCUGUGUGGGGCCGGCGCGCGGCUCCGAGGACAUCGUGGUGGGCUGCGGGGGCUUCGUCAAGUCGGACGUGGAGAUCAACUACUCGCUCAUCGAGAUAAAGCUGUAUACCAAGCAUGGGACUUUGAAAUACCAGACAGACUGUGCCCCUAACAAUGGUUACUUUAUGAUCCCCUUGUAUGAUAAGGGAGAUUUCAUUCUGAAGAUCGAGCCUCCUCUAGGGUGGAGUUUCGAGCCUACCAACGUGGAGCUGUAUGUGGAUGGCGUCAGUGACAUCUGCACAAAAGGCGGAGACAUCAACUUUGUGUUCACCGGUUUCUCUGUGAAUGGAAAGGUUCUCAGCAAAGGGCAGCCCCUGGGUCCUGCAGGAGUCCAAGUGUCGCUGAGGAACACGGGGACCGAAGCCAAGAUCCAGUCCACAGUCACCCAGCCUGGUGGAAAGUUUGCAUUUUUUAAAGUUCUUCCUGGAGAUUAUGAAAUCCUUGCGAGUCACCCAACUUGGGCAUUGAAAGAGGCGAGCACCACCGUCCGGGUGACCAACUCCAACGCCAAUGCUGCCGGGCCCCUCAUAGUAGCUGGCUACAACGUGUCUGGCUCUGUCCGCAGUGAUGGGGAACCCAUGAAAGGGGUGAAGUUCCUUCUUUUUUCUUCUUUGGUGACCAAAGAGGAUGUCCCGGGCUGCAGCGUCGCACCUGUGCCCGGCUUCCAGCCCCACGAUGAGAGUCUCGUCUACCUAUGCCACGUGGUCUCCAGGGAAGAUGGCUCGUUCUCCUUCUAUUCCUUGCCGAGUGGAGGCUACACCGUGAUUCCCUUCUAUAGAGGGGAGAGGAUUACCUUUGACGUUGCUCCUUCCCGACUUGACUUUACAGUGGAACAUGACAGCCUGAAAAUUGAGCCGGUGUUCCACGUCAUGGGGUUCUCUGUCACGGGGAGGGUCUUGAAUGGACCCGAAGGAGAAGGUGUCCCAGAGGCCGUGGUCACCCUGAAUAAUCAGAUCAAAGUCAAAACAAAAGCUGAUGGCUCCUUCCGUCUGGAGAACAUUACAACAGGGACCUACACCAUCCACGCUCAGAAAGAACACCUCUACUUUGAAACCAUCACUAUCAAGAUCGCCCCAAACACACCUCAGCUGGCCGACAUCAUCGCCACAGGAUUCAGUGUCUGUGGCCAGAUAUCAAUCACCCGCUUCCCUGACACCGUCAAGCAGAUGAGUAAAUACAAAGUUGUCCUGUCGUCUCAAGACAAGGACAAGUCUUUGGUUACCGUAGAGACAGAUGCUCAUGGAUCAUUUUGUUUUAAAGCAAAACCAGGAGCCUACAAAGUCCAGGUGAUGGUUCCUGAGGCCGAGACCAGAGCGGGGCUGACGCUGAAACCCCAGGCCUUCCCUCUGACUGUGUCUGACAGGCCUGUGAUGGACGUGGCCUUUGCACAGUUUUUGGCAUCCGUUUCUGGAAAAGUCUCUUGUUUGGAUACCUGUGGCGACUUGCUGGUCACCCUGCAGUCCCUGAGCCGCCAGGGUGAGAAACGCAGCCUUCAGCUCUCUGGCAAGGUCAACUCAAUGACUUUCACAUUUGACAGCGUGCUCCCUGGAAAAUACAAGAUAAGCAUCCUACAUGAAGACUGGUGCUGGAAGAACAAGAGUCUGGAAGUGGAAGUCUUGGAGGACGACGUGUCCGCCGUUGAGUUCAGGCAGACGGGCUACAUGCUGAGAUGCUCCCUCUCUCACGCCAUCACUCUGGAGUUUUAUCAGGAUGGAAAUGGACCUGAGAAUGUGGGGAUUUAUAACCUCUCCAAAGGAGUCAACCGAUUCUGCCUGUCCAAGCCCGGUGUGUACAAGGUGACCCCACGCUCCUGCCACCGGUUUGAGCAAGCCUUCUACACCUACGACACGUCUUCACCCAGUAUCUUGACGUUGACAGCCAUCCGCCACCAUGUCCUUGGAACUAUCACCACUGACAAAAUGAUGGAUGUCACUGUGACUAUCAAGUCUUCCAUUGACAGUGAGCCCGCCUUGGUCCUAGGCCCUCUGAAGUCUGUGCAGGAGCUGCGGCGGGAGCAGCAGCUGGCCGAGAUCGAGAGCCGCAGGCAGGAGAGAGAGAAGAACGGCAAAGAAGAAGGUGGAGAAGGCAGGCCCAAGCCCCCUGUGCAGGAGAUGGUGGACGAACUCCAGGGCCCCUUCUCCUAUGACUUCUCCUACUGGGCCCGGUCUGGAGAGAAAAUCACUGUGACCCCGUCGUCUAAAGAGCUGCUCUUCUAUCCCCCUUCCAUGGAGGCCACCGUGAGUGGAGAAAGCUGCCCAGGAAAACUGAUUGAGAUCCAUGGGAAAGCAGGGCUGUUUCUAGAAGGCCAGAUCCACCCAGAGCUGGAAGGAGUUGAAAUUGUCAUCAGUGAAAAGGGAGCAAGUUCUCCCCUGAUCACGGUCUUUACUGAUGACAAAGGUGCCUACAGUGUGGGCCCACUGCACAGUGACCUGGAAUACACCGUGUCCUCCCAGAAAGAGGGCUAUGUCCUGACUGCGCUGGAAGGCACCGUUGGAGACUUUAAGGCUUAUGCCCUGGCAGGUGUGAGCUUUGAGAUAAAAGCUGAAGAUGACCAGCCCCUCCCUGGGGUCCUCUUGUCCCUCAGCGGUGGUGUGUUUCGUUCCAACCUCCUGACUCAGGACAAUGGCAUUCUGACAUUCUCAAACCUGAGCCCUGGCCAGUAUUACUUCAAGCCCAUGAUGAAGGAGUUCCGGUUUGAGCCAUCCUCCCAGAUGAUCGAGGUGCAGGAGGGGCAGAACCUGAAGAUCACCAUCACCGGCUACCGGACUGCGUACAGCUGCUAUGGCACAGUCUCUUCUUUGAACGGAGAACCGGAGCAGGGUGUGGCCGUGGAAGCCAUGGGACAGGACGACUGUAGUAUUUAUGGAGAAGACACGGUGACUGAUGAAGAGGGCAAGUUCAGGUUACGUGGAUUGUUGCCGGGGUGUGUGUACCACGUUCAGCUCAAGGCGGAAGGCAACGAUCACAUCGAACGGGCCCUGCCCCACCACCGCGUGAUUGCGGUCGGGAACAAUGACAUCGAUGAUGUGAACAUCAUAGUUUUCCGGCAGAUAAAUCAGUUUGACUUAAGUGGAAAUGUGAUCACUUCCUCUGAGUAUCUUCCUACAUUAUGGGUGAAGCUAUACAAAAGCGAAAAUCUCGACAACCCGAUCCAGACCGUUUCUCUGGGCCAGUCUCUCUUCUUCCACUUCCCGCCGCUGCUCAGGGACGGCCAGAACUACGUCGUGCUCCUGGACUCCACGCUGCCCAGGUCCCAGUAUGACUACGUCCUGCCCCAAGUGUCUUUCACUGCCGCGGGCUACCACAAACACAUCACCUUGAUUUUCAACCCUACGAGGAAGCUGCCUGAGCAGGACAUCGCGCAAGGCUCCUACAUCGCCCUGCCCCUGACGCUGCUUGUCCUGCUGGCCGGCUACAACCACGACAAGCUCCUCCCCCUGCUGUUGCAGUUGACAAGUCGACUGCAGGGUGUCCGAGCUCUUGGUCAGACGACCUCUGACAGCAGUGGCCCUGAAGAUGCCAAGAGACAAGCCAAGAAACAGAAGACAAGGCGGACGUGAGGAGGAUGAGGGCGUGUUGGAACCUCACUCGGGACAGGUCAUGGCCAGGGCCUCCCGGCCCGGGCACCAGCGCAGUGUGGGACUCACUUUGUGGGUGCCAUCUGCCCACACGCCUCGGAGGGCGUAGCUGCCUGUUCCCGACCGGCCCAGCCCGGCCCCUCGGUGCAAUGUGAUGUCGGACCCUCCUGUCACUCUGCUGAGCACAAUUUAUUUUCUGAGUUGAAGAUAAUUUAUUAUUAUUAUUUUUGUCAAAGAAGUAUUUAAGCUGUGCUGGUGGCGUGAGAAUGUAAUUUUUAAUUUUCAGCAACAUGGGUUUAGAUCCUCCAAGGAAGUCCCUGUCGGAACUCCCUUCUUCUUUAAGUUCCCUUUGUCUCCAAGCUCCCUAUUGGCAAUUGCACAACCCGUAUCUACCGCUUGGAGAGAAUGUUAGGAGGUACACGUCAAUAAAAUUGCCCUUCAUUUGUGUUGUA